UCGUUCUUCAACGUAGAGAGGUAGAAAAAUGACAACGCUAUGUCUCGGCCAACUUCGGGAAGACCAACAACUGCAAAAACUGUACCCGUAGUAGUUCCAAAGCUUUCUGGAUACGUGUUUUCCGAAAAAUUAGGAAGUGGUACUUAUGCUACAGUUUACAAAGCUUAUAGAAAGAGUGAAUGCAGACAAGUAGUAGCUAUAAAAUGUGUUAUGAAAAGUUCAUUAAAUAAAGCAUCUACUGAAAAUCUCCUGACUGAGAUAGAGCUACUGAAGAAGUUAAAGCAUGAAAACAUUGUCAGACUUGAGGAUUUCCAGUGGGAUGACCAGUACAUUUAUCUUAUCAUGGAGUACUGUAGUGGAGGAGAUCUUUCAAACUUCAUCCGAUCAAAAAGAACUUUACCAGAAAAUAUUCUCAAAAGAUUUUUACAGCAGAUAGCAAAAGCCAUGCAGUACCUGUAUGAAUUUAACAUAGCACACAUGGACCUUAAACCCCAGAAUAUACUAUUAACAUCUCACUUGAAUCCAACUGUUAAAAUUGGAGAUUUUGGUUUUUCCAAACACUUGUUCCAAGGAGAUGAGCUGCAUACUUUGAGAGGGUCUCCAUUAUACAUGGCUCCUGAGAUUAUCUGUAAAGGCAAAUAUGAUUCCCGAGUUGAUCUCUGGUCCAUUGGAGUAAUUAUAUAUGAAUGCUUGUUUGGGAGAGCCCCAUUUGCUUCAAGGACAUUUAAAGAACUAGAAAAUAAGAUAUGGGAUUCUAAACCUGUUGAGAUUCCAUAUGGCGUUAACAUAUCUGACAGUUGCAGAGACUUGAUUCUGAGAUUACUGAAGAGAAAUCCAGAAGAAAGGAUAACAUUUGAGGAAUUUUUCUCACAUCCAUUUGUAGAUCUAGAACACUGUGCUUCCAAUGAGAGCUUAUCAAAAGCAGUUAAUAUUGUUGCUAAUGCAGUGAAAAAAGAUCAAAAUGGAGAGUACAAAGAGGCCAUAAAACUGUACUGUGAUUCUUUAGAGUACUUUGUUCCUGCUAUUCGCUUUGAAAAAGAUGAGAAAAAGAAGGAGGCCAUACGAGUAAAAGUGAAGGAUUACAUGAAUAGAGCGGAGGAACUGAAGAAACUGAUGAAGCCAAAGAGACCCCCUCCUCCUUUUAAUGGGGUCAAACGGUCCGUCUCAGAGGAUCCCAUGGAGGAACUCAUGGAACUGUGUAAAGAUAAUGAAGAAUUAACAGCAGCCAUAACACUGAUAAAGGCAGCAGAUACAGAGAAUUCUCAAGAAAAUUAUGAACAAGCACUGAAACAUUAUGAAUUAGCAUUAUCAACAUUCAUCCAAUACUUAAAAGAGGAGAAGCCUGGUCGUAGGAAAGACCUUAUAGGUAAAUUAUCACAUGGUUGGAUGGAUGAGGCAGAGAAAAUCAAAACCUUUCUGUCUGUCCGUGAAAUGAAAACCGAAGACACAUCAGCCACAGAAGAGGAAAAUGAAAAGAAGUUCUUUGACAAUGAGAAGUGUGGCAUACAGUAACUGCACUGAUGGUAACAUCAAGAGAGAUUCUUUUUCAUUCACUUCAGAAAUGAAGAAACAUUUUGUGAAGAAAUUGAAAAAAAAAUGGAGAUUUAAAAUAGAACUUUGUUGUAUUUUUUGCAUUUUACAUUCAUAUUUAAUAUUGAAAGGUUUUAAUCCUGAUUUGUUGACUCUGUCUAUUUGGAUUUACUCUUGUGUGUUAUAACUACAUGUAUAUUCAUAUAGACUAUUUGUCAUACAAGUGCUUUUAAAAAGUUCUCAUAUUCCAUUACUGAUGAUAAAUUGUAAGUACGUAGACAUUUUUAUCAGCGUUUUAAGUACAAGAUUUGAUGUGUAAAUUUGUAUAAUUAUGUGUAUGGCUGUGUUACCUUUGUAUAUGUAUGUAUUUCAAAAUAAU